GUAAAGGGUCAUGGACAGAUACAGUAGAAUGCUAGCAGGAUGUCAUGAAUUCAUAUUUAUUUUAUCAUGAAUAGUUAUGGGAGUGUUAAAUACAAUAGUUUGCAAACAGCAAGAAGAAAUCUGUGACGAGCGAGUGCCAAAUAAAUGUUGCCCUUCAUGGAGGAAGAUGAUGAGGUACUGAGGAAGAGGACUGCACACACAGAGAAAUAACACACACAUACACACACACACCAUGCUGGUGACAGUGUACGUAGCGUUAGCGGCUCUCGGGCUCGUCUGCGCGGGGUUAGAGUUGGCGGCUCGCCGCGCCUCCCCCCCCCAGCUGUCCGCGGCGAACCCGGCCUUCCGCAGCUUCCAGACGCUCUUCCUGCGCGGCUACCUCCCGGCGCUGUGCGCCGACUGGCUGCAGGGGCCCUACCUGUACAAGCUCUACCGCCACUACAACUUCCUGGAGUCCCAGAUCGCCAUCCUGUACGUGUGCGGGCUGGGCUCCUGCGCUCUGUUCGCCCCGGUGGCGGCCUGGCUGCCGCAGGCUCUAGGGCGUCGCGGCGCCUGCCUGCUCUUCUGCGUGGCGUACUCGGCCUGCUGCUUCACCAAGCUGUCCCGCGACUACUUCACCCUGAUCCUGGGCCGCGUGCUGGGCGGCCUCUCCACCUCCCUGCUCUCCACGGCCUUCGAGGCCUGGUACCUGCAGCGCCACCUGGGGGCCAGAGACUUCCCGCGCGAGUGGAUCCCCGCCACCUUCGCCCGCGCGGGCGGGUGGAACCACGGGCUGGCCGUGGGGGCGGGGCUGGCGGCUAACCUGCUGGCGGAGUGGGCGGGGCUGGGGCCGGUGGCUCCCUUCCUAUUGGCCGUGCCGUUCCUGGCAGGCUGCGGGUGGGUGGUGCUGUGGGAGUGGGGGCGGGAGGAGGCGGAGGGAGAGGCGGAGCAGGGUGGGCCCCUUUUGGGGGCCCCGUCCACCCUUCCCCCCGGGCCCGGGCCCUCUACACGUGCACGGCUUUGGCGGUCUGCCCUGGACGGCCUCCGCUGCCUGCUGGCGGACCGGCGGGUUGUGCUCCUGGGCGUGGUCCAGGCGCUCUUCGAGAGCGUCCUCUACAUCUUCGUCUUCCUCUGGACGCCGGUGCUGGACCCCCACGGGCCACCCCUGGGCCUCGUCUUCUCCUGCCUGAUGGCGGCUAGCAUGGCGGGGUCCUCCCUGUACCGCCUGGCCACCUCCCCCCGCGGCCGGCUGCAGCCCCUCCCCCUGCUGUGCGCGGCCGUCCUGCUGGUCGCCGUGGCGCUGGGGGUGCUGACGGUCUCCACGGCGCCCGGCCGCCCGCGCCCGCUCCGGUCGUUCCUGGCGUUCCUGCUCCUGGAGCUGGGCUGCGGCCUGUACUUCCCCGCCGUGGCCUUCCUGCAGAGCCGGGUCGUUCCUGAGGAUCGGAGGGGGGCGGUUCUUGCCUGGCUCCGCCUCCCCCUGCUCCUAUUGGCCUGCCUUGGGCUACUCGCGCUGCACGGGGAGGUGUCGGGCAGCGGGGGGGGCGAGGGCGGGGCCGGGACCAGUCACAUGUUCGGGGGCUGUGCCGUGAUGAUGGGCUCCGCCCUGCUGGCGGCGGGGGGCCUGCUGGCGCUCGGUCGCCAUGACGACCACCUCCGGCUGGGGGAAGGAGACAUGUAAUCACAGAGGAACGUGGGAAAAGCACGGCAGACCACGCGGUUGGGCUUCCUGGGGAGGAUAUAAACGCUCUUUGCACUGACACCAUAGACCAUAGAAAAAUAUGGACCAAGUACCAGUUACGUCACCCACUGACUAUACAUGGGCUCAUGAAAAGCCCUUUGAAGACCAGGAAGUGAGGUUUGUCGGUGCUGCCAUGAUGUACAAUCUGUCCCUGAUUCACCCACAAAGCAUUGCUGAAUUGUCCUUGGCUGACACACAGAACACAUCGGCGGAUCGGCGCGAUAGAGGACCCUUUUCAGAGGACUGGAAUGCUCUCAUGUUCAAUUACAGCACUGGUGUCUGAAUCAGGACUGUGUGCAUUUGGCCUUUUAGAUGUUUACCACCAUUGAGAUUGACCUGGCCUGGUCUCAGCAGGGUUGUCUUGCUACCUUCCAUUAGAGAAGGACAACCGGUGUCAUUAUUAGCCUGAUGCUGCUGUUCACUAAGAGGGGCCAAGCAAGGAGGGGGGUGGAUCAGCAGUGCACACAUGCAACCACAGGGUGGCGCCAGUGAGGCUUCCCCCCCAGUGUUUUUUUUUUUUUUUUUUUUUUUUUUUUUUUUUACCCGGACACUGUCGUCAUGGAGUCUGGAAAGGUUGCUUCACUAGAAUGCAGUCGGCACUGAGGAAACGCCCAAAGUAAACAGCGCUGCGCUCUACUGAAGGCCCUAGCGCAGUUACAGCCAUUUCCCCACGGCUGCGCCACGGCCCUGUGGGUGGGCCUGUCCUCGGGCCUGCGGGGCUCGUGGGACGUGCAGAUGACAGCGCACCUGCUGUGGGCGAAGAACGUCCUUGUCGGAAGGCAGACACACUCUGUUCAUCCCUCUGAGUCCCAAGCCCCAUGUGGAGUGGCUCCACUCAAAUCCCAAGGGGCUUUGGCUUUGGUUGAGAGAAUUGAGAAAGUUGAGAGAAUUUUGUAGGGCUUUAAUGGGGGCUAAAAAAAUAGUACUGCGGUCGUUUUGAUUGGUUGGAGAGGUGUAAGGUCGAGAGUAUCACAUGGCACCCUCGGGAUUUUGCGGGAGUUAAACUUCAGUGCCAUAUGGGGACCCACUGAAAGGGUGAAGAGAACCUCUGCAGGCACAUCAAGUGAUCUGCUUUGGGGCACCUGUACAGGUGUGUUCAAUGAUCAGUUUAAAUAAAUAUUUAAUAUCUGUAGGUUAAAUGAUCUGUUCUUGUAUGUCUGUCCAGCUGUAAUGGAAUGCACUCUUUUUUUUCCUCAGAAUUGAAAGUAGGUUGCAUUUUGUGAUGGGUGACUGGGGCUUCAUUUACCAAACAAGCAUGGCUAUCACACACAGCAAUGAUUGGCUCAGCACAACAAUAAUGUCUUUUGAUUGGCUGCUAUGAGUGGCUGAAUGAGAAUAAACUGGCUCCCCAUGCAGUCGGACUCCCCCAUCACCAGUUAGGUCACUUCCUGUUGCUGUGUGGCUCGGAGUCAGUGUAGUGGGUAUGGACGAUUGAUUAGACUGUACAGAUGUAUCCAUUUGUGGGAGAAAUGGGAGUGGGAGAAAUGAGAGCAACUUUGUUUAAUAAACCCAGAACUAUGUUAUUAUUGUUACUGUCAUUGUGAAAACAUGGGUUUGGGUCAAUAAACAGAAUAAACCAAGAUGACAGAGUUCCAGGUAAUUUUAACAUUUUUCUAGAUCAAUUCAACAGUCUUGUGUUCUAUGUUCAAUAUUUGCCUAUAUAUGUUUUUUUCUUUUUUCCCUUACAUAAAACCAUGACUUUAAGGAGAGAGGUCUCCUUCAGUGAUUUGUACAUUCUUAUAAUAUCUUUUAAGAGAGAGAAAAUAAAAAUCAAGGAUAACA